GACUAGGUAAACAAACAGGAGUAAUAGAGCAUGAGAGGAACACCAUGAAUCUCUUCAUCUGAGCAGAACUUCAACACAAGGACAAUGUCAAAACGACAACAAUCCUUUCGCUCUGCUGGUAUUUCAAGAAGUAAAUCAGAAGGAACACUUAUUGAUUUGGAUGGGCAAAGUGCACCUACAAGCAAUCCAGAAAAUUUGGGAAACAAAUUGGAUCUUCUCAUUAAUUGGUCAGAUGUGCUUCAAGAUCAUUCCCAGAAUUUCGCAAAGAAGACAAACCCAUUUUGGAAUGGACUCUCUGAAUCCAACCCUUUUCUAGAUGAUGUUGUUCAAGCCAAAUCAACCAAUGAAAGAGUGUCUAUUUUAAAAGAGGACCCUUUCCUACUCUUUAGGAAUUUUGAAACCAGAAAUUCAGUAUCAAGUUCCGGAGAUGAACUUGAUAUAGAUCAUGUCUUGGAAAAAACUGUAGCAUUAAAGUCUGGAAGAUCUAAGAGCGUUUCAUAUCUGGAUGAUCUAGAUAGUAAACAAUCUAAUGUUCAUGAGAUUGAUGGUCAGAUUCUGGCCCCAGAUUUAGAGUGGCUUCAAAAUGACAGAGAGGCUUAUAAAAUGGCUUGGUUGAGCCAUAGACAAUUAACCCGAUCAUGUCUUGACUUAGAUGUUGUGAGUCAGAGUCCUGGAUGGGGGCAGACACAAGCAUCAGACAGUCAGAUAUUUUGCAGAAUAGAUCAUAAAGGAGGCUCCGUACAGCUUCCAGACUCAGAUAUAACUCUCCAUGUUCCUGAAGGUCAUGUUAGACCUGGGGAAUUUCAGGACAUCUCUUUAAAAGCUUUUCUCGAUCCACCAGCCUUGCUCAACAACAACCUGUCAACUACUGUUAGCCCUCUUCUAGAAAUAACAUUAAGCAACAUCAAUACAGAAGAAGACAUUUUACUGGAAAUGAAAAUUGCGGCUGAGGUAAAGAAGGAUCCAUACAGUCACGUCAUGAGUGAUAUUGCAAUCUUUUACAGCUACAACAAAGAAGGUCCAUUUGAAAAAAUCCCAGAUGGCUAUAUCUACAAUAACAUGUUACAAAUCAAGUUACCAAUCCUCAGUCGUAUUACGUAUAUUGUGAGCGUGGCCCAAGCCAAGCUUGUCCAGAACCAAUCCAGCAGUGUUUAUGACUUUAUUCAGAAAUCCUUAACUGUAGCAGUGUAUGGACCCAAGCAUAUACAUCCAGCAUUCACAACUAUUUUAGCUGUAAUGGGACAUAACUAUACUCCAGAAAAACUCACAGUGGAUGACAUAAAAAGACGUGGAAAAAAUUUGCCACCACUUGUAUUUCAACUUUGGGGGAAGCAUCAGUUUGUGUUUCACCAAAUGCAGGACUUAUUGAUUCAUUUUGCUACAAAUGACUCAAGUUAUUCCGUAAAAACUGCAGAUAACAGUAAUGAAAUCAAACUACAGCAGCUAAAGGCAGGUAAGGUAAUUCGGGCCCAGUUCCCUUUCUCAUUGAAAGGGGGGAAAGACAUCAGCUCAUUUGUUUUUACUGUUCAGAUCAAAGACAGCCAAGGCUCCUCAUUAAUUUCUGAAUUUCCAGUCAGUACCCCCAACCCUGCACCAAAAAUACACAGCACUCCAAAGAACCAAACUUCUAAACUAGAGAAACGCAAACUAAUCAUGUCUAUGCCCAUCGUGCCAGUGAGAAACACUGUGAAAUAUCCCAAGUUCCAGGAUAAAUCUCUGAAGCUGCUCAACUUUGCUGUGACUUUAAAAACUGUCCUGAGGCAACAGAAGAUUGACUACUUUUUGGAAUAUUUUAAAGGAGACACAAUUGCACUUCUUGGGGAAGAUAAAAUUAAGGCCAUUGGACAGACCAAGGUUAAAGAAUGGUAUGUGGGAGUUUUGAGAGGGAAGGUUGGCCUUGUACAUUGCAAAAAUGUAAAGCUUAUUUUCAAAGAUCAAGUCAUUGAUUUUUCAGAUGUCCAUUUUACAACCAAGAUGUUGUUGGAGCAGAUUUCACUGCCAUUCAAAAAAUUGACUUACAUAUAUUCAUCUGUGCUAUCAAAUGUCUCUGACAAGGUUCAUGACUGGAGAGCCUUAGCUGAUGCCCUUGGAUAUUCACACUUGUCCCUAGACGAUCUAUGUAACACGCUUCCCGAGAAAGAGUCCGACAGAGUGUCAUGUGUUGUGAAGAAGCUGAAGGAAGACUGUCAUGCCGACUCCAAAAAGAGGAAAUUUCAUUAUGAGCUUAUUAUGGGUUUAUUGAAGAUGGACUGUCAAAGUGUAGUUGCUCGUCUUACACAAGAUACAGUUAUCCUGACUGCUGCUGUACAGCUUGGUAUACGCUGGAGAGAGCUUGCUGAGAAACUAGCCAGACUUACAAAGCAACAGAUUGAGGCUUAUGAGAUUCCUCAUCAGGGAAAGAGUGGAGAAGUCAGCCUGCAGAUGAUGUGGAAACCUGCUUUUGACUUCCUGUAUACAUGGGCAGCUCAUUAUGGAGAAAGUUACAGGGAUGUACUACAGGACUUACAUUGUGCAUUGGACAGAAUGAAAUAUCCCGUGACCAGGCAAUGGCGGGAGCUAUCUGGGACUCUCAUCUUGGUCAAUUGCCUGGAAGUCUUUCGAGCCACUUCUUUUUCCAAGCCUGAAGACUAAAUUUUAUCAAAUUCUUAUGUAUCUACCGUGAAAACAAGCAAACAUUUUGAUCUUAUUCUGAACCUUGUUGCCUUUCUAAAGACUUUACUAAGUACAUUCCGGAGGAAUUGGUGGUCCUUAUAAUAUCAGUAUCAUUAGGUACGUUCCUGCAGAUUGGUGCCAUAGCAACCCAAACAGUGUUCUAAAAUUACUGGAUUACUGGUACGCCAAGAUGUAUUGCCAGUGUAUAGAAAGUGCUCAGAAACAUAGUACACAAGCUAUCAACAUUUGUUUUCCUGAAUUUUUAUGUGUAUGGGACUUACUAUCAUUUAUAUAUUUUCUAUGCGCUAUUAUGAAUGUGAAUACUUUUAGAAAGUAUCAAUCUCUAAAAUAUCUGGAGCUUUCUGAUGCUGUGAUAACAUUCGUUAAAUUAUAUUGUUUAUACUGAAUAUUUAUUCUGGAAUUUAUCAUGUGUAAAUUUGUUUAUAUGUAUUGUUAAGGUAAUGCCAUCUCUAUUAAACAUUUGAGGAAUAUUAUUUCUGUAUUUUAUACAAAUAUAAUAUUAGGGCCCUUUCUUGUGCUAAUAAAGCAUUUUAUGCCCAUGUUGUAUAGACAUGUUAGCCAGUUAUUUAGCUACUAUAGAUUUCAAUCAUUCCAUCAUAGGCACAUAGCAGUUAUGAUCCUUGCUCUAAUUGGUCGGUCGGUUGGCCUCUGCUGUAUGGUUUUAGACCAUGAUCUUGUUUUCUUCAUUUUUGUGGCAUUUUUAAAAUUAUUUUAUUUUAAAAUAUUUUAUAUUACAAAAAGGUACCUUUACAUGGACCAUGUUUUCUGUGUAUUUUGUGAUA